CCCCACCCCUCCUGGGCUGGUACCAACGGGACCGGUCCCUGGAGGGAGCUUCUGCUCCGCUUGGAGGGCACGAUUCCCUCCUUCCGGCUCCGUCCCGCAGGGACAGAGCGAACCUGCCUGCCUGUGCGGGCACGGAGCGAACGCCCGCGUCGUGCGGCGUGUUUUUCCACGCCGUACCCUCCUACGCCAGUUGGUCUCAUCCUCGGCCGGACCCAGGGCGCGGCGGGCCACAGCCAUCACGUCACGAGCGGGCGGGAUCCCUCCGCUGCAGGGAGAGCAGUGUAGGCUGCACUCACUUGGGGAGACUUUGAGAGAUCCAUCCGCCGCCGCCUCCGCCGCGGAGGGAGACAGGGACCUUGAGCGCGUCCCUGCGACCCCCCCUCUCCACCGCACAGAUCCACCACCACAGGCCUUCGUGCCCCGUGAAUGUUUUGGGGGCACCAACCUCUGACUCGGCCCCCUCCCCAGAUCUCCUUGGACGCUGAAGAGCUAGCUGUGUAGCCCCCGGGGCCCUGCUGCCCUGCUGCCACCAUGAGUGAAUUGGAGCAGCUGAGACAGGAGGCGGAGCAGCUCCGGAACCAGAUACGGGAUGCUCGGAAAGCAUGUGGGGAUUCAACAUUGACCCAGAUAACCGCUGGGCUGGACCCUGUUGGAAGAAUCCAGAUGAGAACACGACGGACCCUCCGUGGUCACUUGGCAAAAAUCUAUGCCAUGCACUGGGGGACAGACUCAAGGCUGCUGGUCAGUGCUUCACAGGAUGGAAAACUCAUCAUUUGGGACAGUUAUACCACCAAUAAGGUCCAUGCUAUCCCUCUCCGAUCCUCUUGGGUCAUGACCUGUGCCUAUGCGCCCUCAGGGAAUUUUGUGGCUUGUGGGGGGCUAGACAACAUCUGCUCCAUCUACAGUCUCAAAACCCGAGAGGGCAAUGUCAGGGUCAGCAGAGAGCUGCCAGGCCACACUGGAUACCUGUCCUGCUGCCGAUUCUUAGAUGAUAACCAGAUCAUCACUAGCUCUGGAGAUACCACCUGUGCCCUGUGGGAUAUAGAAACAGGACAGCAGACAGUGGGCUUUGCAGGACACAGCGGGGAUGUAAUGUCCCUAUCUCUGGCUCCGGAUGGCCGAAGCUUCGUCUCUGGUGCCUGUGAUGCUUCCAUCAAGCUGUGGGAUGUUCGGGACUCCAUGUGCCGGCAAACUUUUACAGGCCAUGAGUCUGACAUCAAUGCUGUGGCCUUCUUUCCAAAUGGCUAUGCCUUCACCACGGGCUCUGAUGACGCCACAUGCCGCCUCUUUGACCUUCGGGCAGACCAGGAGCUGCUCAUGUACUCUCAUGACAACAUCAUCUGCGGCAUCACCUCCGUCGCCUUCUCCCGAAGUGGCCGCCUGCUGCUGGCUGGCUAUGACGACUUCAACUGCAACAUCUGGGACGCCAUGAAAGGCGAUCGGGCAGGUGUCCUUGCUGGCCAUGACAACCGUGUUAGCUGUCUUGGGGUGACUGAUGAUGGUAUGGCUGUGGCCACGGGUUCCUGGGACUCCUUCCUCAAGAUCUGGAACUAGCUGCCACACCCCCAAUGUAUCAGGCCAAGACGGGGGAGGGAGGGCCAUGCCCCACACUACAGGCCAGGAGCUGGGGGGGGAGGGAGGGGACUGGUGGAACACACCUGGGCCUGGGCUCCCUCCUCCCUGGGGCUCAUUUCCUCCCCCAGAUAAUGGGGAUGGGAUUGGGGGGGGGACACCUCCCUACCCUCUUCUUUGCCUUCCCUGGUCAGGAGCCUCUCCCUGCUGGAGGGCCAGGGUCAGGGCCAAGAGUGGGAAGCUCCAGGAAGUGGCUUUUUAAAACUGGUUUUAUUUUAAUUUUUAUUAUAUUUUCUGUUUUUCCAUAAAGGAACCAAUUCCAACUCUGUA